UUUUUUUUUAUCUUGUUUAUAUAUCUAUGUCAAGAAGACUAUUAUCACCUCAUACUUCAGACGAAGAAGAAGAUUUCACACUCAACCCAAUACAUGAACAUACUCCUUUUCAACCGCAGUAUUAUGCAGAAGAACAAGAUGAACUAGAAGCACCUGAUUCACUCUUCUUGGAAAGACAAACACCCCCUUAUCCUACUCACCAUUCCACAAGAGGGAAAGUGACUACUUACGACAGAACAAUGUGGCGAUGGGCUAAUGUAGAGAACAUGGACGAUUUUUUUCAAAGAGUAUAUGACUAUUAUCAAGGCAAAGGCAUUUAUUGUAUCUUAUUAGCAAGACUUUUGAAUGUGUUGACACUUGCGUUUAUUAUUGGGUUUUCUACAUUUUUAGUGGGUUGUGUGAAUUAUUCAGAAAUUACAUCGCACCAUAAACUAGCUGAUGUGAUUGAACCACACUGCUUAUCUAGACUGUCUGCUACUAAAUUCUUGUUCUUGUUGAUCUUUAUUGUAUGGUGGGGAUAUCAAGCCAUCCGAUUUAUCACAGAUUUACCCAGGUUGCAAGAAAUGCACAACUUUUAUACACAUUUAUUACUUAUUCCAGACCAAGAUAUGCAGACUGUAUCGUGGCAGACAGUACUGGAUCGAAUUAUUGCUAUUCGAGAAACAAAUCCAAAUGCAAACGAUAUUCGACUAACAGAACAUGAUGUAGCCAGUCGAAUUAUGCGUCAAGAGAACUACUUGAUAGCCUUGUUUAACAAGGACAUAUUGAAUAUCACUAUUCCAUUACCUUAUAUACGCCAUCGUCCUAUCUUUUCAAAGGAUUUAGAAUGGAAUCUGUCGUUUUGUUUGUUAGGCUAUGUGUUUGAUCACCGAGGACAGAUCAGGAAACGGUUUCUAAAAGAGAAAAACAAGCAUGUCUUGGUAGCGGGUCUUAAGCGACGUUUUAUCUUUAUGGGUUUACUCAACUUGAUCUUGUUCCCAUUUAUCUUUGCCUAUUUACUCUUGUACUUUUUCUUUCGCUACUUUGAGGCCUAUCACAAAAAUCCUGGAGAAAUGGGUUCACGCACUUACACACCUUUUGCUCAAUGGCAGUUUCGUGAAUUUAACGAACUACCUCAUUUGUUUCGAAAGCGGAUCGGUCAGAGUUAUAAACAUGCCAAUCAUUACAUUAACCAAUUUCCAAAAGAAAAGAUGGUCCUGUUAGCCAGAUUUGUUUCUUUCUUGUCUGGGUCAAUAGCAGGUGUUCUUGCCUUGUUUACCUUGUUUGAUUCAGAAGCUUUAUUGAAUUUCGAAAUUACGUCUAAUGGUACUGUCUUGUUCUAUUUAGGUGUUACAGGUACUCUUUUUGCUGUAACAAGAGGGAUGAUUCCAGAUGAAAACCAAGUGUUUGAACCUGAAAAGGUGCUUCGACAAGUAGUAAAACAUACACAUUACUUGCCUGCUGAAUGGAAGCAUCAAUUACACACUGACCAUGUGAGAGGCGAAUUCUGUAAAUUGUUUGAUUACAAAGUGGCCAUCUUUUUACAAGAAUUGACCAGUGUGAUAUUUGCACCUCUUGUGCUGUGCUUGUCGUUACCUGAAAGUGCAGAACAGAUCAUCAACUUCUUUCGAGAAUUCACUGUGCAUGUGAAUGAGUUAGGCUAUGUCUGUAGUUUUGCUCAAUUUGAUUUUGAACGUCAUGGUAAUGUCAAGUAUGGUGUUCAAGGUGCUGUAGCAGAAGACGAAUACUAUCUUAGCAAACAAGGCAAGAUGGAGAAGAGUUUUCUUAAUUUCAAAGCAAAUCAUCCUCGAUGGCAACCUCAUGAUAUGGCUGGAUCCAUGUAUCUGUCCAAGGUACAAGCCUAUCAUCAUCAACAGCAAGAAGAAGAAGAAGAGAGUGAAUCAGACACGAGUCAACAUAAGACACCUAUUCGACUUGAUCAAUAUGGUAUGCCUCAAGUUGUGACAAGUAAUUUAGGUGAUUCUUUUGAACAAAGCGAACCUUGGAACCAUCAACAUCAAGAGGAUGAUGACGAGGAAGAAGAACAAAAACAAGGGGAAGGCAUGAUGGGUCUAUUGAACCAGUUUUAUGAUUUGAAUAACAAUCCUACAGUAUAUACGACAACUAACUUUAAAUAAACCCAACCCAUUUGUUUAAGGAAGACAUUUGACUCUUGUGAAUACGUUUGGGCUCCAAGGCAUUUCAAUGCAUGCAGGGUCUUUUUCUAAAUGAAUUAUGCAUUUCAGCACUUUGUUUUUACUGCAUGUACUCAUUUUAGAUCAACAUACUUGUCCACCUCCUUCUUUUUGUUUGUGCUUUUAGACUGUCUUUUGAAAUUUUAUCUCUUGUAGUGACAGAAAAAUAUAUAUAUUUCUUUAUCAUCUUUAUUAAACAAUAAAGCCUUUUGUGUAUUUUUCAAC